AUGCCAGCAACUCUCGCGCUUUACACCAAUGGAUCAGUAAUUGCACCUUGCGACUCGCCAAUCUACUGCCAUGGAGAUAUUCUUCAGGACAUCCAGCUGGCACACCCCUUUUCCGACUCCAAGACCUUUGUAGACAUGCCAGCCAAGAGACCCCUCCGCGAAAUCCAAGCCGCCUUCAACAACCUCUCCAAGCCCCUCACAAACGACUCCUCCCUCCAGGUCUUCCUCGAAACCUACUUUGCAGACGCGGGCGGCGAACUCGUCGAAGUGCCCCGGUCCAGCCUCACCACCAACCCGGCCUUCCUCGGCAAAAUCAACGACACCGUCAUCAAGCAGUUCGUCACCAAAGUCAUCGACAUCUGGCCCGACCUCACGCGCCGCUACUCCGGCGCCGUGGGCAACUGCUCCACCUGCCCCAACAGCUUCAUCCCCGUGAACCGCACCUUUGUCGUGGCGGGCGGCCGCUUCCGCGAGCCGUAUUACUGGGACUCGUACUGGAUCAUCGAGGGCCUGCUGCGUACGGGUGGUGCGUUUGUAGGCAUUGCGAAGAACACGAUUGAGAACUUUCUCGACUUUAUUGAUCGGUUUGGCUUUAUUCCCAACGGCGCGCGGCUGUACUACUUGAAUAGGUCGCAGCCACCGCUGCUGUCGCAGAUGGUGAGGAUUUACAUUGAGCAUACGAAUGACACGAGCAUCUUGAAGAGGGCGCUGCCGCUGCUGGUGAAAGAGCAUGACUUUUGGAUCCGGAACAGGACCGUCAGCGUGGACAUUGCCAACAAGACGUACACGCUGCAGCAGUAUGCCGUGCAAAACACCCAGCCACGGCCGGAAUCCUUCCUGGAGGACUAUGUCACCGCCAACAAUCGCUCCUAUUACGCCACUUCGGGCAUCAUCUACCCCGAGAACAAGCACCUCAACUCGACUGAAAUGGCAGACCUCUACGCAAACCUCGCCACCGGCGCCGAGAGCGGCAACGACUACACCUCCCGCUGGCUCGCUAACCCUUCCGACGCCAUCAACGACGUCUACUUCCCCCUCCGCUCGCUCAACAACAAGGAAAUCGUCCCUGUCGACCUCAACUCCAUCCUGUACGGCAACGAGCUCACAAUCUCGCAAUUCUACAACCGAACCGGCGACGCCACCGCCGCCCGCGCCUGGGCCGAACGAGCCGCAAACCGCAGCACCGCCAUCCAGGCCGUCUUCUGGAACGAAACCCUCUUCAGCUACUUCGACUACAACCUGACCUCGUCCUCGCAGUACGUGUACGUCCCCGCAGACAAAGACACAAUCUCGCUCGACAGACAAACCGCUCCUUCUGGCAAGCAAGUCUUCUUCCACGUCGGCCAGUUCUAUCCCUUCUGGACGGGCGCCGCGCCAGACUACAUCAAGAACAACCCGUAUGCCGUGACUCGCGCCUACGACCGCGUGGCGGGAUAUCUCGACGCCCAGCCUGGCGGAAUUCCAGCCAGCAACGUCCAGACCGGCCAGCAGUGGGACCAGCCAAACGUCUGGCCGCCGCACAUGCACAUCCUCAUGCAAGGGCUUAACAACGUGCCCGCGACUUUUACGGCCCAGGAUCCCUCGUACCAGGACAUUCAGAAUCUCUCUCUGCGGCUGGGACAGCGAUAUCUCGACUUUACGUUUUGUACGUGGCUCGCCACUGGAGGAUCGACCUCUGAGACACCGAAGCUGCAUGGCUUGUCGGACCAAGACGUCGGCAUCAUGUUUGAAAAGUACGAUGAUAACUCGACCAACGCCGCCGGCGGGGGAGGAGAGUAUGAAGUCGUCGAGGGCUUUGGCUGGACAAAUGGCGUGCUGCUGUGGACGGCAGAUACUUUUGGAAAUAAGCUCAAAAGGCCGCAGUGCGGAAAUAUCACGGCGGGUCAUCCGGCACCGUCAUCUUCAUCUUCAAAGAGAAGUGCAGUUCAGUUGGAUGCGUGGGAUGCGAGGAGGGUGAAGAAGUUUGGCAAGAGGACAGAGGGGAGAGUUAAACGGCCGUUCCUGUUUUGA